AUGCAGUUCACUUCAUGUCUCUUAAUACUCUCCAUGGCCGAUGUGAUGGGAACUAACGAACAACCUCAACUUGAUAUACCAACGCCAGAGAGUUUGCCUGUGCAGAUAGAAGUGUUGGCCUCAGAAUUAAAUGUUCGUCCGGAAGAGUUGCCUCUACCUGGGCCAGUCUUUCCAUAUGCUCCGUAUCUCCAACAACGACCUGACCUUAUGCCCAACAUAGCUAAAUAUUUUGGAGGAAAAACAAGCGCACCGAGUGAUGAACAAUCAAGCGAUUCAUCCAGCUACGAUGAUCGCUUCGAAAAAGAUCUUGCCGCAUUUCCAUGGCCAUCUCAACUCUAUGGAAAGAUAUUUAGUCAAAGGAAAUUACUGAAUGAUGAUUGA